AUGCGGUUCCCCAAGUCAAUUAUGCUAUCCUCGCUCGGCUGCUUGAUCCUUUCUGCAGCAACGGCAGCGGCAUCAUCCCUGACAAUCAGUGUCCCAUCCUCUAACUUCCUCCCUAAUCCACAUGUCCUUCCUGCAGGAACACAUGCCACUCUAACCACCCUCCCCUCGCCAGAAGGAAGUCAAUCGAGCCCUCGCCAGAGCAAUGUCCUGACUGCCCCGCUUACCCGCUUCUCCACCUUCGUCUUCCGCAAUCUCCAGCCCGAGUCUUAUUUGCUCGAUAUCAGAUCCUCCGAGUAUGUAUUUGCGCCAUACCGCGUCGAUAUCUCCUCCGACGGCUCUGUCCGCGGCAUUUGGGAGACCUUCCGUGGAAAUCCGUGGGAUAAUCGGGGCGCAGAGAAGUUCGUCUCAGGCAGCGCCAAUGUUGCUUCCGGCGAUGUAGCCAUCGAGGCCAAAGUGCUUGGUAGGAGGAAGUUCUAUGAAGAGAGACCUAAGUUUUCCCCCCUUGGAUUGUUUAAAAAUCCAAUGAUUCUGCUCUCCGUCGUGGCUCUGGGUAUUACGGUUGGAAUGCCAAAGCUUUUGGAAAACAUGGAUCCAGAAAUGCGCGCCGAAUUCGAGAAGCAGUCGCGUUCAUCUCCGCUGUCUGGUGCGGCUCGCAAUCCUGUUGCCGGCGGGCAUACCGGCCCUGCCAACUUCGACCUGGCCGGGUGGAUGGCCGGCGCAUCGUCUGGCCCUAUGGCUAACGCUGACACGGCGGGGCCAACAUCAACUAGCAGAGAUGGUACCAGCUCAGCACGGAGAAGAGGGUAG